AUGAGGACCAAAACCAACGAGGGCCUCUCCAGCUUGACCUGGCUGGAGGGAUCUCUCUUUGGCUCUUUCAACCCCACGAUGAAAUCUGACUUCUCCCAAAACAUCAGGCCCUCAGAGCCGUACUGCCCCCGUGUGGCCAAACGCAAAAACCCACACUCUCAGAGACCAGACAGGGAGGGCCAUAUGCCAGGGAUGUCGGCCUAUCCAGGUUCUGGUCCAAUCCAGUUGUGGCAGUUUUUACUGGAAUUACUUCUGGACUCGGCCUGUCGUACCUUCAUCUCCUGGACGGGCGACGGCUGGGAGUUCAAGAUGUCCGACCCCGCUGAGGUGGCCAAGCGCUGGGGCCAGUGCAAGAACAAACCCAAGAUGAACUACGAGAAGCUGAGCCGCGGUCUGCGGUACUACUACCACAAGAACAUCAUCCACAAGACGGCAGGCAAACGCUACGUCUACCGCUUCGUCUGCGACAUACAGGGCAUGCUGGGAAAGACGGCACAGGAGGUCCUGAUCAGUCUGAACGUUGUGCCCACACACACCGAGUCGUGGCAGUGUCCCGUGGCGCCAGCGGCGGUGACGUCUGAGCACAGCAGUGAAACAUGGGCACCUCAGUAGGAGAUGGGGGGCUGGACUGGUGCUGCUGGCUGAGAGUGACCAGCCCCUUUCAACAGAGUACUACAGACUACAAAGUGAACACUGGCUCUUAAAGUGGCGAUGUGGUCACAGUCAGACCAGGAGCCAGUUUGUAGAUGUUGCAUUUCAGGGAAAAGAAAUAAUCAAAAACUCAUAAAAGUCACAAUGAAUCAGUCUUUAAAGAUAAUGCGUUAGACUCUGUGAAAUAAUAACUCUCCUAAUACCUGACUCAUAAACACGAAGCUCCUUCACCUUAGGGCUUAAUAACUGCAGCACAGGGAGCAUUUUUAGCACUAUGAAUAGAGACAAUAUCUUCAUUCAUUGGGUUUCUGAGGAGGAACUGAUUUGUAAAUAGUGUUUAUAGAGGCCCCUAUGUAGAGUUUUGUGCAUUUAUAUAUUUUUGUAUGCAAAACUCAUGUCUACCUCUGUUGCUGGUCAGAAUAACAUGAAGUGAGAUCACUUGCAGGCAGCCACUGUGAAGGUUCUAGCCUGUGUGAUGAUUGUUUUGUGUAAA